CCACAGCGGCGGCAGACGGGCAGCUGAGAUCUCGGCGAUGAUGGCGGCUACUGCGGCUGGAUGGGGUCGGGCUGGGACCAGGUGGGCCCUGGCGCCCUGGCAGACGCCGUGGCUGCUGCUGGUGUUGGUGGCUGUGGCGGCAGCAGAGCAGCAGGUGCCCCUGGUGCUGUGGUCGAGUGACCGGCAUUUGUGGGCUCCUGUGGCCGAUGCUCACGAGGGCCACAUCACCAGCGACAUGCAGCUCUGUAACUACUUGGAGCCUGCCCUGACGGUGGGCCCUCGCAACGUGGUGCUCUUCCUGCAGGACAAGCUAAGCAUUGAGGACUUCACGGCCUACGGUGGUGUGUUUGGAAACAAGCAGGACAGUGCCUUUUCGAAUCUGGAGAAUGCCCUGAACUUGGCUCCAUCGUCACUGGUACUUCCUGCUGUCGAUUGGUAUGCGGCAAGCACUCUGACCACCUAUCUACAGGAGAAGCUUGGGGCCAGCCCUCUACACGUGGACCUAGCUACCCUGCGGGAGCUGAAGCUCAACUCCAGCCUCCCGGCCCUGCUGCUCUUCCGCCUGCCUUACACAGAGAGCUCAGGACUGAUGGCACCUCGGGAAGUGCUCACUGGUAAUGAUGAGGUAAUCGGACAGGUUCUGAGCACGCUGCAGGCUGAGGAUGUACCCUAUACUGCAGCCCUCACAGCGGUCCGCCCUUCCAGGGUGGCCCGUGAUAUCACCCUUGUGUCUGGGGGCUUGGGACGCCAGCUGUUGCAGAAAAACUCAAUGCCAGUCACCACGCACCCACCUGUGAUUUAUAAUGACACCGACCCCAAGAUCCUGUUUUGGGCCCAAAACUUCUCAGUGUCAUACAUGGGCAAAUGGGAAGACCUGACCAAGAGCACCUUUGGGAUCCAGGACCUUAACAUGACAGGAUCCUUUUGGAACGACACGGAUGCCAGGCUUUCGCUGACCUAUGAACAACUGUUCUCGGCUCCUACGGUGACAUUUACGUUCGUGAUGACUAACCGCUUCUACCCUGUGUCGGCCCGGCACUGGUUUACCAUGGAGCGCCUGGAGGUGCACAGCAAUGGUUCUGUGGUCUACUUCAACAUGUCUCAGGCCACAGCACCCAGCAUCUACUCAUUCCACUGCGAGUAUGUCAGCACGCUGAGUGGGAACGGCGAAAUCCUGGUGCCCAGAGUUCAGCCUUCUCACUGGCACAUCCAUCUCUGGGAUUUCCAGAUGCAGGCCUUCAAUGUGACCAACGGGCAGUUCUCGUAUGCCAGUGACUGUGCCAGCUUCUUUUCCCCGGGCAUCUGGAUGGGGCUGCUCACCUCCCUGUUCAUGCUCUUCAUCUUCACCUAUGGCCUGCACAUGAUCCUCAGCCUCAAGACCAUGGACCGCUUUGAUGACCACAAGGGCCCAGCCAUCUGCUUGACCCAGAUUGUGUGAACCCACGCCCUGGUGUCAGAGGGCCUGCUGGAGUCCCUCAUCGUUUCCCACCCUUUCUCUCUUACUGUACCACACCACACUGUUCCCCUCUUCCCAUCAUAGCAUGAACUUUGAGUGCCCCUCAGCCCCUCAUCCCCUGGUCUAGCCACUGAGGGGUGUCCCUGAGGCCCGCAGCCCCUGCACAAACUGAGAUGUACAUAUCCCACGUAGAGUAGGCUUGAUUUCCCACUCGGUUUGGUUCCUGUGAGGCCAACCUGAGUAUAGAGCCCCUCCCGCCCCCUCCUUAUUUAUUCACCUGGCGACAUCUUGGCCCCUUGCUGUGUUUAGUGCUUUCCUGUGGCCCUGGCUAGUUCACUCAGGCUAGUUCACUAGGGCUCUGUGCUGAGUCUGCCUGGGGGAUGGCGGUGAAUGUGCAUUGUUGCUUUGUGACGUCGUGCAAACAAGAAGCAAUACUGGGGAUACUUUCUGUGGACAGGGAAGGAAGGGCCCUCCAAGGCAGGUGGGCUGGGGGUGAUCACUGGGCUUCUGCCAUGUUCCGCCAGCCUGGAGUGCUCGUUGGUGUCCUUUCCUAAUAAAAUCAAGAUGGG